AUGAAGAAGGAGAAUAAUCCAGAGGAAUACAGAAUGAUAGCACCUACAUAUCCAGAUAGGAACGCUUUUGAGUACGAAGAAAUGAAUUCCGAUGUUGGUGUAUAUAAGAUACCGACCAAUAGGCCUGUAAGAAUAUAUUGCGAUGGAGUGUAUGAUCUAUUCCACUAUGGGCAUGCCAGAAGUUUGAAGCAAGCAAAGAACCUUUUUCCGGAUGUUUAUUUGCUGGUUGGUGUUACUGAUGAUAACAUAACAACGAGGCUCAAGGGGAAUCUUGUUAUGAAUGAAAAAGAACGAGCAGAAGGGCUGAUACAUUGCAGGUAUGUUGAUGAGGUUAUAACAAGUGCGCCGUGGGAACUAACAUCAGAAUUUAUCCAAAAACACAAAAUAGAUUUUGUUGCACACGAUGACAUACCAUACAAGGGAGAGGGCAAGGAAGAUAUCUACAAGUUUGUAAAGGAUAUGGGGAUGUUUAUACCGAUAAGAAGAACAAAGGGAAUCAGCACCAGUGGAAUAAUAACGAACAUUGUUCGGAACUACGACAUAUAUGUCAGGAGGAAUCUCGAAAGAGGUGUUUCUGCAAAAGAUUUGAAUAUAUCAUUUCUUCAUAUGAAAAGAAUAAAAAUGAGCAAAAAAAUGAAUGAAAUGAUCAAAAACGUCGAUAUUCAGAGGGAAAUCGAUGAGAUAAGAAAAGAAAUACGAAUUGCAAUGAGGUACUGGGAAAGGGUGUCCAAUGAGAUUAUUUCUGGAUUUAUAGAAAAUUUCUGUCAUGGAAAGACCUCUAGCAAGUUUAUUGAUCGUUUAGUGGAGUUUGUAAAGCUCAAGAGGAAAAAUGACUAG